AUGUUUUUCGAACCAAAAGUAAAUCAGUUCACAGUUUCGACUAAAAACAACAUGAAACAAAGAGCCAACGUCCUUUGGGAGUUAUUUGUAGUUUUUACCUUUAUAGGGAAAACCUUACAACAGGACACGACUGUAGCUGCUGCCGCCGGUGACGGAGGUUCCACCCCCGCCGCCGGUGAUACAUCUAAACCAGAGUCCGCCGGUGGAGACAAACCUGUUACUCCUGCUAAUCCAGGGUCCGGAGAUGGAAGCCCAACAGCAAGCUCCGGGUCGAAGUGCAAGCCUUCAGAAAUAUUGACCCAAAGCGGCUGCGUCGAUCGGGAGUCCUUUUUGAACCGAGUAGUCGUGCGCUCCUGGAAGGACGAAGGGUUUGAUAGAGAGAAAUAUAAUUCUGGAAUGAUGCAAAGUGCCAAAUGCCUGGCUGGCCAAGUGAUGACUCCGCAUGGGUGCAGAAAUAUUCUAGAUUCGCCGCACGCCGAAGAGGCACGAGCACCGAUGCAUCACAGCAACUUAAUGGGUUCCAAAGUGAUUUACUCAGGUAUUGGAGCCCACGCGGGUGAAGAGAAAUCAGAAAACCACAAAAAAGUUAAGCCGGCCAAUGAGAGUGGGGGACCUCGCAUUUUAGGAGAAAAUCGGCCUCGCCAUUACGUAUUCUUACCAGGAAGAGCUCUACGCCACAAAAAAAGGUGUCGAUCAUACGAAGUGAGGGGCAUGGAAAACCGAUGCAUUCGCAGGAGGAAGCCAAGCACCAAAAGAAAACAUAAUGAAACUCAAGAAGCAAAUCGUCAUGAGGCUCCCACUAAAGACAGUACAAUGCGUAGAAGAAGGUCGAUAAACAAGUUUGUUUUAUUAGCCUGAAUAUUAAAUCAUACUACUAACGAACAUACUAUAAA